ACUCGGGAAAGAGUAAUUUAAUUUUCUCUACUUUUAUUUAGUUGCAGUCCGCUCUGAAUUCUACUUUCCAUCCCCUUGGGCACUGGAAUUCAUGGCUUCUUCCUCCUCAUCUUACCAUCAAAAUGUGGAAGAAGCUCCUUUCAGUGAAUUUGUAAUGGAAGCGUUCCCUCAAUACGAUGCAUUCAUCAACCAUCGAGGCCCUGACGUGAAAGAAACCCUGGCUUUAGCACUUCACGAAUCACUGGAAGAACAAGACUGUCCCACAUUUCUUGAUGAUCAAGAGUUAAAAUUGGGAGAUCCAAUUAACCCUGUCAUAAUAAAUGCCAUACGCUCCUCUACAGUUCAAAUCGCCAUCUUCUCACCACGAUAUGCAGAGUCCUCUUUGUGUCUGGAUGAGCUGGUUCUCAUGUUGAGAACCAAGGCUCGAUUUAUUCCUGUAUUUUGUGAUGUGGAACCUUCUGACCUUCGCCACCCUGAAAAUGGAGUCUAUGCUACUGCAUUGGCUAGACAUAAGGAAAAGGCCAGGUUCAGCAAUGACAGGCUUCACCGCUGGAAAGCAGCCCUUCACGCUUCUUCACUUGUCACUGGAUACAUAUUCAGCACAUCUGAUGAUGAUGUCGAGAGGCUGUGCACAACGAUUGCCUUAGCUGUGCAACAAGAGGUUGAAAAGACAAGAUCUAAGGAAGUUGUAAAGCCAAGUAUACCAGCACCGGUGAAGAAAUCUGGUCUUUUGCCCAGAGAUUCACAUCCAGUGGGAAUAGAUUCCAAGCUUGAACAGAUUGUAGGCUUGCUUGAAGAUCCAAAAGUUAAAGUUAUAGCUGUAGUUGGUAUGGCUGGCUCGGGAAAGACGUUUCUUCUCCAGAAUAUCUACAACCGAAAAAAAUCCAGGUUUGAGGAUUCAAUUUGGCUCUCUAUUUCGAGAUCUUAUUCUGUCAAGAAUUUGCAGCAUGAUAUAGCCUCUCACUUAGAUUUAAAGAGUGAAAUUGUGGAUGCUGCUGUAACCGAAGAGAGAGCGGCAGAAUUGAUUCAUCGCCGUCUUCAGGGGAAAAAAAGUCUGGUUGUGCUGGACGAUCUCUGGACUCUGUCUACAGAAGAUUAUCUGUUUGAUAAGCUUGGUCUGCCGGCUGAUAAAGAUUGUAAAGUUGUGGUUAGCACAAGAGAUAAGCAGGUUGCUCUGAAUUCAAAUGCUCAUAUUUAUAAGAUGAAAAUUUUGUCAGAUGAAGAGAGUUGGGCUCUGUUCUGCGCCUAUGCAUUUCCAGAAAGUGAGGGAAACAGAGCACCGCCGCACAUGGAAGAGGAGGGUCGGAAGAUUGUAAAGCAAUGCGGAAAUUUACCCCUUGCUAUCAAAACGACAGCAGCGUCUCUGGCCAAAACCAGACUUCUCAGCAAAUGGGAGUCGAAGAGGCGUCAGAUCGAAAGAGUAGUUACUCCCCUUGGUGACCCUAACCCUGUCAUGGAGAUCUUAAAAUUGAGUUACGAUUCCUUGCCUGCACAUCUCAAGCCAUGUUUUGCUUAUCUUUCUUUCUUUCCUGAGGAUGAGGAGAUAGAUUGUGAAUAUCUCAUAAAUCUCUGGAUAGGAGAAAGAUUCAUCCCAGCAGAUGAGGAUCAGUGGGAAAUAGCAUGGAAUUGGUUAGAUCAACUCGACAAUCUCUGUCUGAUUCAACUAUGGGAAGAUGUGGAACAUGUCAAUUUCAAGAAAAGGGUAACCAAAUCCUGUAAAAUUCAUGAUUUGUUGCAUGACUUGGCCAUACAAAUAUCCAGAGAAAAUAAAUGUGCUUUUUCUGUUAAAGAAGCCUGUCAAGGCAUAAGUGGUGGCUGUUGCCGGAUUUUACUGGCCAAGAAAGAUGUAAAAGACCUCAGUCCCCUCUCACAGAGACGUCCUUUUUAUCUCCGCACACUCUCACUGUCCAAGAACAAGAAGAUUCAAAGCAUUCCAGCAAACUUAUUUACCGCCAUGAGAGGACUGCGCAUUCUUGAUUUGAGCUGCACAUCAAUCAGAUCAUUGCCUGCGUCCAUUGAAAAUUUGAGACUUUUAAGGGUUUUGAAUUUGAGGAAAACAUGGAUAGAGGAGGUACCGGAGUGUGUGAGACAUCUGAAGAACCUCUUGUUUCUUGCAUUCCCUUGGAGCUGCAGAGCAUUACCAGUCUGGAUAAACGAACUUAAAUCCCUUCAACAUUUAGAAUGCACAAGGGUUGACUGCAUACCAAAGGGAAUAUCAAAGGUAUUCUCUUUGAGAACACUGAGAUCAUUUUGGUUGGAGCUCUCCAUUGAAGAGGACGAAUUUAUGAGGUUAGAGGAUUUUAGAAAAAUGACUCAGCUUCAGGAAGUAUCGUUAACUAUUAAUCAUGAAAUGGAGUUGAAGAGGCUGGAAGAGGGGAUUCUUUCCCAGCUUGUGAAAAUGCGUCGUCUGGGAAUCCAGAAUGGAAACAGAGAGCUUGCCUACUUUCCUGAAACCAUGUCCGCAAUGAAACAUCUGGAAAUUCUUAGAUUAGAAAAAUUUGCAGUGCCUGUUUGGAUUUGUGGUUUGGUAAAUCUGAGGGAAUUGAUGUUACUUUGGUGUGAAUGUAGUGAUUACCCGGAGCUGCAAGGAAUGCCCAAUUUAGAGAAGUUGGUACUGACAGAGGGGAAUUCUGUCAACAACAAUCGGAGGUGUAGACAAUUUCCAAGGGCGUUUGGAAAAUCAGGAGCGUUUCCACGCCUUCGAUCCUUCCAAAUUAAAUACUUUGAAAAAUUAGAGAAGUUCCCCAAUUUGGAGGAGGAAGCAAUGGCUUGCCUCGAGGAGUUUUAUCUGGUGGGGUGUCCGAGAGUGAAGAAAAUGGGCGAGGGAUGGGAGCGGUUGAAAUCUCUGAAACGCUUCAAUUAUCUUUUGUCCGGGACAAAUGAAUUAACAGAGACCUUAAGGAAAGGCGGGGAAUACUGGGAUAAAAUCAAAACCAUGAAUCCUCAAUUAACUAUUUCCUGUUAAGCUGUUUGGCCAAGCAUUUUUAAUGUCUAUCCUCUAUUUGUGGAAAUCAGAGCAAACAGACGAAUCAAAUGCGCCUGUAGAAGAUUGAGCAGUCAAAGUACAAUGCAGACGGAUUUCUCACCUGUACCCAUUGACCUAAUCUAUGGCGGCUACGUCCAAAGCCGUUUCAUCCAGUCAAUAGCAAAGCUUCAUUGAAUUCUUUGUUGUAAGAGAUGUGUGGAACAAAAUGUGCAUUUACCAUUCUCCAUUACUGGCCCGCCGUCACAAUAAUAGUUGGUUCGAGGAACUGGGCGAAGGUGGAAGAUUUGCAAUCACGACCAAGCAUUUCAAGUAUGGGUUUUUAGUGACUACAAAUGGUUAUAAUGCAAUAAAUAAUUCGAGUGUGUAAUUUUUGUACUUAUAUUUUGGCUUCAUUUUAGCUCUUUUUGUGCCAGCAAGU